UCGGCACUGUUGAUAAUCACAUCCUGAAUCCUGGAACGCUCCACAGCUGUCAAGUAUACGAACGGGCGCUCUAUGGACACAGUGAACGGCGUGUGUUUGAGUUUGGAGUUUUAAACAUUUACUUUUUUACAUACGAAAGGUCAUCAUGGCUGUGGCUGAAGCAGUAAUGCCACCAAUAGCAUCGUUUCCGAAUGUCAAAGCGAUGGACAAUCUGUGUAAGAUGGGGGAAUGUGCGCGGAGCAGCGCAACAGGUGGCGCAGACAACCCGCUCAUCGAGGUGGAGUUCAGCAUCGUGCAGUCUCCCGCUUUGCCCUCAAAAGACGAAGACGACCUGGGGAAAUUUCUGGACCUUGAGUUCAUUUUGUCUAACACGAUCGGCUCUGAUGGCGUUAGUAACAAUGGCAUCAAUGGGAACAUUUCACCGCCUCAGCGGCAAUGCGCAGCGUACUCGCUGCCGGAGUCACCGGAGAGCUGCAGCGGCGGUUCUGUUCCGGACUGCAGCGAACGCCCUCCUUCUCACCUGGCUGCACAUGGCUACCAUGGCACCAUGGACUUCAUAGGCUCGAACCCAGUGCGUAGUCUCAUGGCAGAGCUUCUUACGCCUGAGAUGGGCUACCCAGUGGACAGUUCACCGGACAGCGCAACAGGCAAGGCGAGAGACGGGAGAGAGUACACUGAGCUGCGAGCUCCUGCUACUAUUCCACCCGGUCCCACUCUUCACCAAGCGGCCACAUCUCCUGCCCCGCUUGGAUACAAAAUUAAAACCGAGCCCGUGGGUCAGUCCUGUAUGAUGGCCGCCGCAGGAGGGAACUUUAUGGAACAAGUUUAUGACAAGCACCAAAUGCGCUCAGUGCACCCAGCAGCGUUUACGCACCACCAGGCUACAGUUCCAGUUGCGCUGCAGCGGUUCGGCGCUCACCCCGUGCAGCACGCCUCACCCCAGGGAAGCACAGACGAUCAUCUGGCGCAAAUGAACUCUGCCAUGAGCUCCCAUCAUCAUCCUAAUCAACAUCAUCUCCAAGGCCAGUACAUGAAUGCGCCAUAUCAUCACCCACAAUAUGCACAUCCGAGUGUGCCACAGUUUCAAGGACAGUACAACAUGCACAGAGAGCAUGUCCACGUUCACCAGCAGCACCACCCAACUUCUCUCCAGGGGAUGUUGCUCACUCCCCCCUCAUCGCCGUCUUUGCUGGAGUUUUACUCUCAUGAGGAGGCCGGGAGCAUCAAGCAGAAGCGAGGCCGCAGGUCUUGGGCCCGAAAGCGCGCUGCUACGCACAACUGCGAGUUCCCUGGCUGUGGGAAAACCUACACCAAGAGCUCCCAUCUCAAAGCGCACAUGAGAACCCACACAGGUGAAAAGCCGUACCACUGUAACUGGGAAGGUUGUGGCUGGAAAUUCGCCAGGUCAGACGAACUGACUCGCCACUUCAGAAAGCACACUGGACACAGACCUUUUCAGUGUCACCUCUGCGAGCGCGCUUUCUCCCGUUCCGAUCACCUUGCUCUUCAUAUGAAGAGGCACAUGUAGGCCACACGGACACUUGCAUCUAUCCAAGUCUUUUCCAGAGGCCUUACUGAUACCUAGAGAACAAACAUUGUGGCUUAUGAUACUCUGGUGUAACCAAAACGUAUUUCUGUGGGAACAAGUUGUGAUAUAUUUCAAAAGUUUUAUCAUAUACCAUGAAUUCAAGUGCCUUGAGGUUUUUUUUUUGUACAUAAUUUGUGCAUAUAUAAAUAAUACUGGCUAAAUUAUAGUAGUUUAGUAUUUAAACAUUUCCUCACCCUGUCUUUAGAAUGUUAUUGAUUGUUGGUGAGUGCCUUAACAAGACAGUUUGUUCAGUGUGGGCCGGACCCAGAUUUUUGUACAUAUGUCAAUGCUAUUUUUGUAUUGUUUACAUCUUAUAUCUUUGAUACUACAAGAAUCAGGUCAGAGUUGUAAUGACAUUUUUAUGCUAAAACUAAAUAGAGGUUUUAUAGUUUUGCUGUGGACUGUGGGCUAGACCUACCUUUUGGACAUUUUAUUUGGUUAUGUGAAGGUUUGCUGGGACAAUGCCAACAAAUUCAGGUACUAACACUUGUUUUCAGGAUCCCAAAUAACAAGUGCAUUGUCAUUCUCUUUAGUCAGUUCAAAUGAUAUUUACAGAUCCUUGUUUUUAGGGAUACAGACAAAAAUACAUAUUUUGUAAUGUUAUAUAUUAGUGUUUUUUUAAGAAUGAAGAAAUCCACCGCAACCAAUGGUUGAACUGUUGUACUUGAAACAGAAUUGUUAACUGAGAUGUAUUGUUUUUGCGCUUAAGGGCCUUAAAAAUAAAAGUACUUUUACAAAUAA